CGCAUUCCACCGAUAAUGGCUUCCCUGUCUUCACCAGGAGUCUCUGAUUUAGGUCCCUUAGCCUGGCAGAACUCGUUAGGGAGCUUAAAAAAGCCAAUCCGAUUUAACACUCCAGAAGAAUUGAGAGACGUGGAGAACCAAGAAAACUAUGUCUAUGAUACGACUGCGCAGUUAUCGUGGACGAUAGCAUCCUUUGCUACAAAUGCAAUCCCACGACAGGAAAUUGACUGUUGGUCCGGGGCCGGGCGGGAUAAGGAACUAGAUCACAGUACUAGUGUAGUGGUCUUCUAUACCCGUGGAGUGGGUGCAUCCAUUCACUCAGUCAUACUAUAAAUGAACCUAGAGAUCUUAGAUGCAGUAGCGUGUUGCUAUCGCAUGAAAGUACUUACUGAAAUUUUAGGACGUGUUUAGGACGAGUUAGCUAGAAGUACAGCCAUUCAACGCUAGAAAACGUGGAAAUUUGCGAUGUCUAUGUUUCUAGUAGCUUACCGG